AUGGCUCGAAACACAUUGACAAGCGGCACGAGCAACCGCGAGACUGCUUCACGACGAGCAGCAGGGCGGUACCUGGAUCUCGCCCGUGGCCGAGAAGUCAGCGAUUACGAGCGGAUACACUUUCUCAUGACACCCGGCGAGGAGGACGAGGGAGAUAGGCCCUCUCCCCCUCCGGUCACCCGACAAUCUCGAGUUCAGGUGAUAGAUCUCUGCGGAGGCUCGGAUGAAGAAGACGAUGAGAGAGAGGAUGAGAAAUUACCAGACAAGCAGACUGUGUUUGAUGGUAGCGUGCAGGCGAGAGAACAGUCGUUGCGAUCGAACAAAGACGUGGUUGUGCAGCAAGCACCUCCACCAACAUUGCCUGUAAGCAAGACAAGACUUCCAGCACACUUCUACGAUGGCGGCAGAUCUCUCAGUCAGAAGACCAGUGGGAGCCUCUCAACACAGCACGCACAAUCAGCACGGCCGUUGCAGGGAGAUAGACCUACCACCGUCACCACUGGCAAGCGUCGUGAUGAAGAGGACCUCGACCACGGUGAUCAUCAUUUCCAGCCUGCUCUACGAGACCCACGCUCACUCGGAGGACACGGUAAAGGCAUGCCCAGAAUUGCAUACACAACGACCAACAGUCGCCCGACGCAGCCGCAUGUCGCAUCGGCAGCGAAAGUCACAGUAGCUGGUCACGCGGCGCAGGAUGCGCAACCGCCGCAGCCUUCGCGAAAGCUUUGGGGUGGGCAGGGUCGUAAAAAGCGCACGAAUGUGCUGGGGCCUCCUUCCACAACAGCGGACACUCGAGGCAUAGCCAGACCUUCAGGCACGACUUCCAUCAGUAGCCCAAGAACUGAGCACAGCGCGCCGCGAGCUACACCAGCCAGUACAUCAUCCAUUGUCUUGGCACAUGGAACGCGACCGUGCCGACGGCCGGGAGAAAGGGUCGUGACUGACAGAAGUGGCCGCCCGUUCGCAGCCAUGCGAGCACGCGUAGCUCCUGUACAGGCUAUGGCUGAUAAUGCUCGAAGCGCAACAAGUGCUGCAAGUGCAUAUAAUGGCAACCGGCCAGCAGCGGGAACGCGGGCGGGGGCAGUCAGCAGAGCAGCGACUGUCCCGACGCAGCAAGCGCAACCAUCCCAGCUAUCGCGAGCACUUCCGGCUGAGCAAGAGUCCAGACCUGCCAAGAAGCGGAAGUACUUUGCGGAUCUGACUGGCGAGGACGCAGGUCAAGAGGUCGUCUACAAAGAGAUCAGUGAGGACGAAAGCCGUAGAUUCUGCGGCUUGCCGGUCAAGGACAAGGCGUACGUGAAUCUUGUGUGA